AUGCUGAUACCUAGAGAAGACUUCCACAGAAUUCUUGUAGCUCUCCCAGGUGUAUUUGUCUCAGAGUCAUCAGAGCAGUACAGGAGGGAGGAGAGGAGAGCCUUCCCUCGGCAGCAGCUGGGAAUGGUGCAGGGAAAGCGCAUCCCCUUGCUUUGGCAGUUCAUGUAUGGGAACAUCAGUUCAAAAUCGCAAAAAGUAAGCAUACUGUCAACCUUCAUAGCUCCCUUCAAGUAUCUGAGUCCUGGCACAACCACAAUGGAGGAUGAAGACAAUUUAAGUACCAGCAGUGCAGAAGUAAAGGAAAACCGAAACGUUGGCAACCUGGAGGAUCAUCCAAUAUCCUCUAAUGAGAGGGCAAGAGGGGGAACACCUAGCAGUAAGAGAAAAAGACCCUUAGAGGAAGGCAAUAAUGGCCAUUUCUGCAAACUCCAGCUCAUCUGGAAGAAAGUUUCGUGGUCAGUGACGCCAAAGAACGCUCUGGUUCAGCUACAUGAACUUAAACCAGGUUUACAAUACAAAAUGGUUUCCCAGACAGGUCCCGUGCAUGCUCCAGUCUUUGCUGUUGCUGUGGAAGUAAAUGGACUUACAUUUGAAGGCACAGGGCCCACAAAAAAGAAAGCUAAAAUGCGUGCUGCAGAGCUAGCUCUGAAGUCAUUUGUUCAGUUCCCCAAUGCCUGCCAAGCUCACUUUGCCAUGGGGAACUGCAUCAACCCAUCCACGGACUUUACUUCUGAUCAGGCAGACUUUCCAGACACUCUGUUCAAGGAGUUUGAACCAUCUACACACAACGAGGACUUUUCCGUCUAUAACCCCGUUAAUAACGAAUUGCUUUCUACUGCUUAUCGACACGGGCGCUUGCUCUGCCAUACGCUGGACUUAAUGGGCCACAGUAAGCAAAACAAGCACAAGAUGGCAUCCAAAGCAGAGAGCGAGAAGAAUCCAGUGGUGCUGCUAAAUGAGCUGCGAUCGGGCCUGCGGUACGUCUGCCUGUCGGAAACGGUGGAGAAGCAGCACAUCAAGAGUUUUGUGAUGGCGGUGAGAGUGGACGGGAGAACAUUUGAAGGCUCAGGACGUAGCAAGAAGCUGGCCAAGGGUCAAGCAGCGCAGGCAGCCCUGCAGGCCCUCUUUAACAUUCGGCUGCCCAGCCACAUUCCCAGCAGGAGUAAAUGUCACCAUUUGCCACAGGAUUUUGCCGACUCCGUGUACCAAAUGGUUGCACAGAAGUUCCAGGAGCUGACAGACAAUUUCACUUCCAUGCAUGCACGCCACAAAACUCUUGCAGGCAUUGUGAUGACCAAAGGUUUGGACAUCAGGCAAGCUCAGGUUAUUGUGCUGUCAUCAGGUACCAAAUGUAUAAACGGGGAAUACAUUAAUGACCAAGGGCUUGCGGUCAACGACUGCCAUGCAGAAGUUGUGGCAAGAAGGGCAUUUGUUCACUUCCUCUACUCACAGCUGGAGCUGCACUUAAGCAAACGGCGAGAAGACUGGGAGCGAUCAAUCUUUGUGCGAUUAAAAGAGGGAGGCUACAGGCUGCGAGAGAAUAUUCUGUUCCAUCUGUAUGUGAGCACUUCACCCUGCGGAGAUGCACGCCUCAACUCCCCCUACGAAAUCACAACCGACUUGAACAGCAGCAAGCACAUAGUGAGAAAAUACCGUGGCCACCUCCGAACAAAGAUUGAGUCUGGAGAAGGAACCAUACCUGUCCGGUGUCAUAAUGCAGCUCAGACGUGGGACGGCGUGUUGCUGGGAGAGCAGCUCAUCACCAUGUCCUGUACAGACAAAAUCGCCAGAUGGAACAUCCUUGGGCUCCAAGGUGCUCUCCUCAGCUCCUUCAUUGAACCCAUGUACUUGCACAGCAUCAUUGUGGGAAGCCUCUGGCACACUGGUCACCUUUCCCGGGUAAUGAGCCAUAGAACAGAAGACAUUGGUCAGCUGCCAGCUUCAUACCGGCGCAAUCAGCUGCUUCUCAGUGGGGUUAGCCACGCUGAUGCUCGGCAGCCUGGAAAAUCUCCCAGCUUCAGUGUGAACUGGAUUGUGGGGAACACCGAUCUGGAGGUUAUCAACGCCACGACAGGGAAGAGGACCUGUGGGAGUCCCUCACGGCUCUGCAAGCACAUGUUCUUCACUCGAUGGGCAAAGCUUCAAGGCAAGCUGAGCACACGAAUACCAAGCCAUGGAGACAUGCCAUCAGUGUACAGCGAGGCAAAGCUGGUGGCUCAGACAUACCAGUCUGUCAAGCAGCAGCUGUUUAAAGCGUUUCAGAAAGCCGGUCUGGGCACCUGGGUGAAGAAACCCCCAGAGCAAGAUCAGUUCCUACUAACUGUAUAA